CAGUAUAUAUUUUUUAUUUGAUUGUUUAUUUUUAAUUCUGUUGUCCUCUUUUUUGUCUCUGUCUUUGUCCUGUAGGUGUGAAGAGACCGGGGUCAAAGUGUCCUGCACCCCCACCAAUGACACACAGUGCGAUGAGAAACAGAACACACGACGAGGGAUCAUAAUUGCCGUCCGGGUGAUUUUCAUCCUAUUAGGGAUAGCUGCAUUGUUGGCUGCAUCGUUGGCUACAUUAUUUAUUUGGAAGAGAAAACUGUUCUGUUUUAAACAACAUGAGGAACCACUGGACAUGCUGUUGGAUAUCGAUCCAGAUUUGGAACCGUUUCUGCUUAGAAUUGUGGAAAUCCUGGGUUUGAAGGUGGUCCGGACUUUAGUCAAACGGAAAGGUUUGGUGUCUCAGGUCACAAUAGACAACAUAACGGAUGAAUAUCCUCAUGAUGUGACAGAACGUACGUAUCAGAUGCUGCUGACCUGGUACCAGAAGCAUGGCAUGAAAGGAGCUUACAAAACACUCUGUGAGAGCCUCAUCUCCAUGAACAUGAGGGCUAAAGCUGAUAAGGUGUCUGAACUCAUCCAAGAAGGACAAUGUAAUGAAAAUGUGACUCAGAAUGGAAACAUCUAGCUUUUAAACUCAAUAGUUUUAAACUCUAUUUCAAAAAUUUUAAACGUUUACCUUCUGUGCUUCCACACAACGAUCAUAAGGGACGUCGUGAAUGUUCUUCCUACGAGACUGCAACUGCUUAUAGCCUCGAGACUGCAACUGCUUAGUCCUUCCCUCCAUCCAUCCAUCCAUCCAUCUAUCCAGAUUCUGUGCUACCUAAACACAGCAUCACAGGGAACCCGGAGCUUCCUCGUGUCAUCUCAGGAAGUUUUUCUCCAACACACUCAGCUCUAGCUAACUUAUUACGCGUGCAUUGAAAAUGUAAUAAAACCUACGUUUCUAUAAAGCUGCUUUAUGUCGAACUGCGGGAAUAAAAUGUGCCAAAACCUCACGUUUUUCUGCUAUUAGUGCUUUACAAACUCACCCAGUUUAUUGGUCUGUAGUUUUGUAGUUAAAGUACAAGUUCAUUGCCGUAGAUUUACUGUAAAUGUUGGUGUUAUGGAACUGUGUGUCAAAAGUAAUAAAUGUUACACUGUUAUGUCUAAA